AUGAAACAUCAAUGGCUUUUGUCACUCAUGGGGCUCUGCGGCAGUUCUGCCAUGCCCGUAGGUCCUACUUCGAAAUUCCUCACCGAAGCUAGUUCCAAGUAUGUUGUUAAUGGGACGGCGAUCCCCGAUAUCGAUUUCGACCUUGGAGAGUCGUACGCCGGUUUGAUGCCCGUAACCAGCAGGCAGAAUGAAACGAACAACUUGUACUUUUGGUUCUUCCCUGCCGCCACGAAGGAAUUCAGGGCCAAGAAGGAGAUUGUCAUCUGGCUAAACGGUGGUCCCGGCUGCUCUUCCCUCUUUGGCCUCUCCCACGAGAACGGUCCGUUUCUGUGGAAGCCUGGCAUGAAAAAGCCGCAGAAGAAUCCUUGGGCGUUCAAUCUCUUGACCAACGUGGUUUGGGUCGAGCAGCCUGUUACGACGGGGUUUUCCAGGGGCAAGGCCACCGCCAAAAAUGAAGACCAGCUUGCAGACCAGUUCCUGGGUUUCUGGCAAAACUUUGUCAAGACGUUUGACAUGAGGAAGCACGACAUUUACAUUGCUACCGAGGCCUACGGCGGCAUGUAUGGUCCAUAUAUUGCCAAACACUUCAUCAAGAGUCCGUGGUACACCUUCAAGGGCCUACUGAUUUACGACGGCAUCAUGUUUGACCGCCACAUUCAAACCAACGUGGUGGUGAGCAGUUACACAGACAUGAACCGCGAUAUUUUGCCCGUCGACGACGAUACUCGGCAGCCAUGGCACAAUACCGCUCACGACUGCGGCUUCACGUCGUACGAGAAGAAGUACCUACAAUACCCUCCUGCUGGCCCACCGCCCACCCACGCUCCUGGCUAUGAGGAAGGCAGCGGAGGGUUUUGGUAUCCUCGUCGAGCCUGCGUUGAUUUGUUUGCCAACGUCUUUGACAAAAUAACGGAGUUGAACCCGUGUGCCACCAUGUACAACGUCAUGAACAAGUGUCCGCCCCAGUUCGACCCCAUCAAGGGCAGCGACAGGCCCUGGUUCGACCGUGAGGACGUCAAGGAGGCCAUCAACGCGCCUUUGGAUGUGAAGUGGGCGGUGUGUCGGGACAAGGUCUUUGCAAACGCGAGAGACGAAUCGUAUCCGUCUGGCCGAGAUGUCCUGCCGUAUGUUAUUGACGAGACGAACAACGUCAUUAUUGCGCAUGGCGCCAUGGAUUUUUAUCUGCCCAUGAAUGGUGUCCUCUUGGGGAUCCAGGGCAUGACUUGGGGUGGCAAGAUGGGAUUCCAAACAGCACCCAAGGACCCCUUCAUUGUCCCAAAGUACAACGACGGACCUUCUUCCAGCAGCUACGCGCACAAUUUGCCGUCUGGUACUGGCGUCAUCGGCACAACCCAUCACGAACGGGGUCUCACAUUCGUGGCUACCCAGCUGGCGGGCCAUGAGGGUCCUGGCGAUUCUCCUGCCGGUGCCUUGCGUCAUCUUGAAAAACUGACCGGUCGAGUCGACAGCUUGUCUUCCCAUGCGCCGUUCACACUUCCGGAAAUUCGCCAUGUCGCGCAGCCUCCUGGGGAGGUCACUAAGGGCGUCGUUCCCAUUCCCUGUUUUGGCCGUGGCUGUUGA